CGUUCUGCCGUUUUAGUAGCCGCCCUCUGAUGGGCGAACGUAUGUCCAGGUGUGUUCCAUGAUCAGCGGACUUGGGGAGCGCUAUGCAGCCCCAUGCCCCAUAUAAUGCCUCUCCACUGCCAGCCAUCCCUCGUGGCUCUCCCCCCCCCAGCGCCUUGUUAUAACCCUGGCUAGGCUUACUAUUGCUACUACUCUGCAGGACCCCCUUAUAUCGUCAUGGACUAUUACCUUGCUGUGCCUGAAUCUCUCGGUCUCAGGGCCUCUCCCUCUCAGUCUCCAUUAACUUCUGGUUUCGGCCCAUCUAUUGCCUCGACACCCCUUAUACCCAUGAGUUUAUCAGGUCAGCAAUUGCCUGCGCUCCCUCCAUCAGAUCGUAUCACUGCAUCGGAUUCAUCUGCGCCACCCCUUACAGCCCACGGUUCCUCAGCAUCCUAUCAACAGUCACAUUGGUCAUAUACUUCCGCUGAUAUUUCUUCGGACUUGUCUCAUCCUCCCUCUGGCCCCACCCCCACUUUCAAUCCAAUCGCUAUGGGUCUAUCGUCAUGCAACAAGCUCUCGCGCCCGCUCACCCCGAAGGAACAGGAGAACCUAGCUCAUCUCGACAGACUCAGAUACUUCCUCAGGACCGCACAUCGUUACACCGACCCGUCGAGAUCUAAUUACUCGGACGACCCCCUCGCUGCCAGCGUCUCCCCAUACGUAUCGUGUCCGGAUGCGAGGAUGACUCGUUUCCGCAUUUCACAGUCGGAGCACAUAACAUGCGUCUUGUGGUCUGGCAAGUAUUUUAUCACUGGCACCGACAUCGUGCGCUCCCUUGUGUUUCGGUUUGAAGCAUUCGGACGCCCCGUUCGGAAUAUCAAGAAAUUCGAAGAGGGCAUCUUCAGUGACCUACGAAACCUCAAACAUGGCACGGACGCCACAUUGGAAGAGCCGAAGUCACCGUUCUUGGACCUUCUCUACAAGUUUCAAUGUAUCCGUACACAAAAGAAACAAAAGGUCUUUUAUUGGUCUUCAGUACCCCAUGACCGGCUCUUUCUCGACGCUCUCGAACGCGACCUCUCCCGUGACUCCACAACAGAGGUGGUGGGCGAGCCUGCGCUUUCAUUUAAGUGGGAUCGUAAUCAAAGGUUGUACGAACAGUUCGGCAGCAAAGUACAACAAAAAGGAUUUGGCAGCAAUAAUGUGGCGUCGGAAGUCCCAACCGCCACAGCCAAUGAACCUUCAGCCGCACUAUCUGGGAUAGAUGAAGCUCUCACAGGGGACCUGACCCAUAUCGACGGAAUGGGGCUAAGUCGCCUUCCUUCUCCUAUGCACGGGGCGAGCAUUCCUCUCAUGCCUAUCACAUUAUUUGAUGGCUCCCCGAGUUACAAGCAGCGUCGCAAGAAGCCUUCCCACAGGAUCUCUCCAGGAUUAUCUCAUACGAUCAAUCACAACGUGGGUGAAUGCGAGUACUCUUUCAGCGACACCACUCGCGACGUCGGCUAUGGGACCGGAGACCGCGGCAUGUCAGCGGCCGACGUGUUUUCCUCCCAGGCUCGGAGGAUUGGCACUCCAAGCAGUGCAGAAGCGGUGCGAACUAUGAGAGGGGAUUCCGCGAUUGGGAGCAGUUCAUCUAGGGCCAUCGCUCCUGCAUUAUCACUGUCCGCAGACACCGGACAACUCUCUCGAUUUAGUCAGCUCACUGCCAAAGACAACCCCCAGAGGGUGCCGCACCUGUCUCGUUCCCUGACAGAUCCGACCCCUCCGCUGUUUGGAUUCGAUAAUGAGACCCCCACGACGACAACGACGUCUAAGGUCUUUGUCUGCCCUUCAUUCUCGUGCGGCCGACUCUUCAAACGAGCCGAACAUCUGAGGCGACAUUUGCGCACACAUACCAUGGAACGGCCUUACGAAUGUGACAGGUGUAAGAAACGCUUCUCGAGAUCUGAUAACCUCCACCAGCACCUCCGCAUUCAUGCACGUGCGGAUGGCCAAGACAUGGGGUCUGGUGACGUCUGUGCGUUGAAUGGCGAUGCUGACGAGGAGAUGGAAGAUGGAGAUCUCGAACGGUUAGCCCAUGCGUUCCCAGCGCCGUAUCCAGUCGACGCGGAUGGACUUCCGGACUUGACCAUGUACGAAGUGGAGGUGCCUGGACACGUGCAAGAAGUGCAGGGUGACGAGGAAGGGUUGCUCGUAGCCUCGGAUGUCACUCCGGGGUUCCAGGCAAACCUUGCGCAGUCCGGAAGGCUCUACAACGCUGAGGACACGCGUGGUCUCAUCGACAUGCAGCCGGAUGCUGGACUUGGCCACUUCGAUUCCUUCUCUCCCUUCGAUACCACUACUACUACCUGGACUAGCGUCUCCGGCUCACCUCUUACCGGCGACCCCACAUCGCUGAAUGGUGAAUCAGUCAAGGCAUCCUAUUCUACACCCUCGCAAAGGCUAGAAUUCGGGUCGCACAGGUCGGGUACUAGCUCGUCCGCAAUUGGGCCGAUCAGACGCCACAGAAGCAUGACGCCAUCCCUAAUGAAGAGUCAAACGACAACACCUGUUCGUAGCUACCAUCCGUACGCCGCAUCCGCAAGCUCAUGGUCUAGCCAGUCUAGUCCGUCAAGCUUGGGAACACAUUCGCUGGAUCUAUCCUCCAUUUCGGCAGUGACACUGAGCGGCGAUGGUGGUUCGUACAACACGCAGCCACGAUCCUUUUCCAGCUCGUCACUGAGUCAAGCUAUGGAGCCCACUUCGAAUUGUUUGGAUACCGGUUCUGGGCUGGGGAAUAUUUACCCCGAUUUAUCCUUCUACGCCGGUGCGGAGGACGGUCUGGAUGUGAACCAACCUUAUUCCGCGCAUCCGUUUGACGGGGGUUUCUUGAUUUCGAACGCAUAAGGGCAUAAGGGUUCUUCUGACGCCGAACUUCACGUACAUUAUCACACGACGAGCUAAUUCCUGCGGACCAGCUCGCUCAACGAUGGAUAUCG